CUGUACGCGCGUUUCUGAUAAUCAAAAGAUUCUCCUUCUCGCUCUUUCAUUUUUUCGGCUUAGAGCAAAUGCGUUUUUGUUUUCUUUUUUUUCGUGCUGAUGAACUUGAGCAGCUAGAGCAACCGAAAAAAAACCAUUGUUUGUUGUGUGGUGGCAUUUUUUCUCAAGCCGCAACGUAACAUUAUUUAAUUCGCGGCCUCGAGGAAUACCGGGAAUACCAGGUUCUCGAUGGCAACGCCGGCCAUUGUGAAUUUAAACAGAAUUUCCGCGUACGUAACAGUCAGUACCGAUCUGAACAUUAUGUUCCGGCAACGGUGCCAGGUCUUGUCCUGUCAGUGUAAAGUUCUGAGGCUGCAGUUUGCUCAUGUAUCAAAAAUGGCAAGCCGGAUUAACAAACUAUUCAAAACACUGAAGACUGGUGUUUCAAAACUUAUCGGGAAAGGCUCCGAGGAAGCCAAUGAGGUGCAAAACGCGGCAUACAAUACAUUGGCUCAACUGGCUAUCGUUUGUCCGACUGUGAAUACGAUGUCCAACUCGUUUCUUCCUAUUUUGAUCAUCUGUCACAGGAACCGGUCUAAUUGCAUACGCCCGAUAAGAGGCGCCUUUGGUAGGGCUCAGGGGAUUUUCGACUGGAGGAAGCAACCAAAAAUUCCUGGCGAUACCGUACUGACUAAGGGAGAAAAGGACACCGUCAUGAUGACAGAGGACGAUUCGUCCCGCAUUCCAAUCAAAAGUGUUGUAAAGAUUCUGUUCCGUCGAGGUAUUUGUGGAGAAAGUGCUCAGUUGAAGGAAAGGAUGACAACCUAUUUGUUUGGAGUUUCCAAGAAAGAACAUCCAAACUAUGGGUCAACUCUUUUGACAACUGUAAACAACCGACAGAGAAGAAUCAGUCCAAAAAUCUGUUCUCAACUACUCAUGAACCAUAAUGGAUUGUGCUUCCGUGUUUCAAGGGUACGGUUGAAUGUGUUACUAUGAAGUGAGGUUUACUUAUAGUUUCUAUAUUAUCACAAAAUUUUUGGAUUACCAUCGACUCUGCCUGCUGGUGUCAACACUCAUCCCGAAGAGGAUAAAAAAAUGCUCAAAUUGGCAGCCUUCUUGAAGUUAAUUGCCGAAAGCGGUAUUGAGGAUGUUAUUUGGACAGACAACAACCUUAUUAGAAGGGUGCAUUACUGGUAGAAAAGAAAUUACCGAGCUGACCUGUUUUCGA